AUGAGUAUGAUGUCUAAUGGCCCAGGAUCGGAUCCUUCACUGUCGGCCAAAGGUCCAUCAUGGGUUAACUAUUAUACGUGUAAAAUCGUUGCUUUAUGUAACACUUAUAUUAAAGACCCUUUGACGGAGCAGCAUCUUAUUGCCGUUUUAAAGGACUUUUCUUUCAAAGCAAACCAAUUUGUUUUUCCUCAAACCGUGCUGGUUUUUUGGGUUUCUGCUUUAAAUGCCCUUGAUAUCUUGAUGUCCAAAAUAUUGGCAAAUCUUUUGGUCCCCUCUUCUUCUCUUCUUUUGAUAUCCAUUUUGGAGUUUGAAAAGAGUCUUCUGGACAUGGUUUCCAUUUCAGCUGUGGCUUAUUCCUCAAUCGAUCGGAUUCUCCAGAUCCUAGAUCAUCCCGGCGCAUCUGAAGAACUAAAGCAAGCUGCCUUGUUAGUUGCCGUGGCGGCCACUUCUAAUGUUAGGAAGGCCCAUUCUAUUCCCGGCUCUAAAGACUUGAUUGUUAGACUGGAGCGUUUGUUGGUACCCUUUUUUCAGAGCCCCAAUGAAGCUCAUUUGUCUCCGAUCUCUUUACUGGCCAUGUCUGCAUACUUGCAAUUAAAGGGAGACAAGAAGGGCAAGAAAAUCCUGUCUCGAUUUCCAGGAUCCCUGGAAUCAGUGUUAGUCUCCACCAUUGAUGAAACGCCUUCGUUGCUUCUGUUGAAUGCGAUAGUUAAGCUUAAAGGAAAGCUUCCCUCCACUUCUCCCCUCUUAUCUUCUUCCCUAUUGCAAAGGAUUUUCCGAGAUCCGCGACAGUAUUUUCAUCUUUUGAAAUCCAUUACAUCCUAUCCGGCGGGUGCAAAAAAACUCUUAGCAGAGGGUAUAUUGCAGGCCUUUUUCAGUAGCGUGGAAGAUUUGUCGUCGCCGCUUCCCACCAAAGUUUCUUCCCUUUUGAUACUAAUUCGGAUUGUUAAAAGGAUUCCAGAUCAGUUUAUUAUCGCUUUCAGCGAGCUGUCUGGAUUUUCGCGAUUAUCGCAGCUUUUAAGUGGUACCGUUUCAGAUGCCUCUCUUUAUAGCCUUUUAAAAUUGGUUUUAAAACUGGUGUUAAUCGUAACGCAGCGCUUCCCAACCAGAGACGAUAUUACGUCUUUUCCAGAAGGUCCUCUUCCAACCCUUUUGGCCACUAUUAUCGAUCAUGCUGCGUCCAUUUCGAUACGAGAAAACAAUUCCUUGGAUGACGAAAUCGCUCUUUCAUCCGAGUAUUUGAUUUCGGGGUGCUUGCUGUCAAUGGAAAUUUUCACUACCUGGAUCCACUCUGAGCCCACUUCUUUGUCAAUUUUCCAGGAAUUUAAAAUCACUAAAAGGAUCCUGGAUUCUUUGCUCUUGUCGUAUUCCGGGAUAUCGCCAAGGAUAACCGAAGCGCUUCCCGCCAUACUUACGGCUUUCUCUUUAAAUGAAAAUGGAAUUUCAGCCAUGUUGCAGUAUUCAGAAUCGUUGGAACUGAGAAUUUCAGAAGCAAUCGUCCCGGCCCGUUCAAAUCCAAUUCUCAUUGAUCCGGAUUCGUUUGGGGAGGCGUUGGAUGAGCUCGCUCGCCAUCAACCAUCGCUGAAACCAAUUAUUGCCAGAUCGCUUGUUUUGGCUGUUCGUCGCUUGCCAAGCUUGAUUGGGCUGGCGGAAGAUAUUCCUUGUCCCAUUUCUGAUUGUUUUUACCCAUCAAGAACAUCUCUUUCACAAGAUGUCUGUCGUGUCGGUGAAACGGACGCUGCUGGGAUUGACCAUGAACAUCCCUCAGCAGGAUGGCCAGACGCACUAGAGUCGUUAUCCAUUAUUAUUGAGCUGUUUAUCACAACUGCAGCGCAUUUGGAGCUGUUCUGCAAAGAAAUGAAUGGCAUUUCGAUUUUGAUUGAAUCGGUAUUUUCAAUUGAUGAGAAAAGCGGUCAUUGCCCGGAAUUCGACUUUUGCCUGAGUCCGGAAGCCUAUUCAUUUGCUUUCCUACUGCGCCAUUUUGCAAAUAGCUGUCCAGACUUGCUGGCCGAGGCUUUGUAUCCCAUCAUCGAGUCGUUUGUGUCGCAAUUUAAUUCGCAAGCUCACCUUGCAGACUCGGAACUCUUCAUCAAAAUGUCUUAUUUGUGCAUCGCUCUUCGCUCCUUUUGCGACUUAUGGACUUCAGAGAGGCUUUUGCUUUCUACUUUACAUCCAGACCUAUUGAGUAGAACCCUUAAUUUGAUGGCAGAAAAGGGGCUUGCAACGGCGUUAUUAGGUGUCAUCCAGCGAUGUAUUCAAAUUCAUUGGGAUGCAAGAAUGCAAUCUGCUGUCGUGGCAGGCUCUACUUUGACGCUAAGCGUCUCAUGCAAGCGCAAUUUAAACGCCUUUUUAUUUUUGGCUUCACAACUGGUAUCGAUGUCUGUCGUCGCGCUUUCCAUUUGGUCUCGACUGCUUUUAGAGGACGCACAAAAGGGAUGCAACCAUCUUCUCAUUGAAUCACAGAUCAUUUUUCUGCAAAACGCCAUUUCCUGUGCCUCGUCCUUGUCGCCGGCAAGCGAUUGUUCAAUAUACCAUCUUUGCCUGACGUUGCGGAUUUCACGCGUUUUAUUGAUUGACGAUCCACUCAAUAUGAAAUCGCUUCAUAUAUCGCUGAACAGUGUUGUUCCUGCUGUCGUUUCCUGUGUCAACUAUGUAACUUCUCAACUCAACGUUCUUGAUAGCCAAUGCCCAUCAUUGCCGUGUAGGCCACUCUUGUUUCCCGAAAAGGCCGCCAUUAGUGGGGCCUAUGAUAAUGACUCGAUUUGGAAGGGAAUUCUGUUGGAUGAUCUGUCUGGUUCUCGUGUCUCCUUGAUUGGCCGUACCCUGAUGGACGCACUGGAGCUCCUUUCUGGAAUUAUGAUUGUUCUUUCCUCAAAGAGUGAGAAUCUUUGCGAGGAAAAUCAGCCAACCAUUGCCGCAAUUGAGAAUCUUAUUUCGGACCUGCUCAGUCCGGGCUUUUUUAGUUGGGUACCCAGUGGUACCCAACUGCUUAUUCUGCAAAUCUUCAAAUUCACAUCGAAAGGAUUUCAGCUUGAUAAGUCAAGGAGCUUGCUUAUCCCCUCUUUAGUCCUCAAUGGUGCCCAAAACGAUGCUCAAUUUGUGCUGAAGGCAGCAGCAGCAAUUAUGUCUUCGGCGGUGGAGUCAAUCGAUGCCUUUGUAAAUUUGGUUGGCUGUACGUUUGAUGAGCGAGCGAAUUUAAAUUUGAGCCGACUUUCUCUAUUGGUGCUGGGCCUUCAGGUCCUUGGGCAUCCUUUAAAUAUGCCUUCAUCUCUUGUUUCACAGAAAGGCACUCUUGUGGCACUUCUUGGGCACAUGGUUCCGCUCUGGGUCAAUGAGGAGAACCAUGCCGUGCCAUGGAUACUUGCACUUCUAGAAUGGAUCAUAAAAAGCGAACGUCUGUUUGUGAUCAGUGAGCUUUCCAGCAACGACGGCUUUGAGCAAAAAGAUCUGCAUCAACCUGCCGAUAUGGAAGUUUACGAAAUGCUUUUCCAGCUGCUUGAGCAGAGCUCCACUAGCGACAUUAUUAUUCCCCAAGAGCUUCUUUAUCAGUCCUUAAGGCUAUUAAACCUCGUUCUUCCUACGCAUGGGAAGAAUUGUGAGAAUCUAAUUCCUCUUUUACUGAAACUGCUAUGGAAUCAAACCCUUGUGCUCCCUACUUGUCGCGAGGCCGGUGUCAGUGCUGGAAAACGUCCUGUUCCUCUUUCCGGGGACCAUACGGUCCCAGGCUCUGGCGUUAUGCCACUGAUCAUCUUUAUACUUCGCGGCAUCAUCGAAGCGCGUCCAGAGGUGGGGCCUCUUCUGGCUCUGCAAAACGCCCAUGAAAAGGCCACCGUUCAUUUAGAUUUCUCCUCCCGUGCUCUGUAUGAGCCUCGAUCGGCUCCUGAUUCCAAAGUAUUUAAGCUUGACCCAGAACCUGGAGAUUUCGUUGCCGGGCUUGGAUCGGUGCUGAGAGAUCCCACGUCUUUCUUUUCUUUUCUCAAAUCAUCUGCACCACAAGAAAAAGAGCCCAUGAAGAGUCAGAAAAAAGAGCUCACCGUAAACGGUGAGCAGCUAGCCACCGCCAAGAAAAAGUUAUUCGAUCGACACUCAUUUGAUGCCAGAGUUGUCGAUCAAAUCCUUGAUCUCAUUAUGCAAGACGAACAGCCCACGAAUAGCUAUUGUGGCGUGGGUUCUUCGGCACACUCGCAAUCGAUGGAACCCGCCCAAACUGGCCAUACAAACCAGAGUUGGAAAUUAUGCACCGGCCUUGCGAUCGUUUGUGAGCUUUUGUUUUCAUACCCUGUUUUGGACCCCUCCAGUCCUCGAUGGGCGGAAUUCCUACUUUUCCUGACUAAGAGGAUCGAAGCUUAUCCGAACGUCAUUGUUAGAUACCUUGGAAAAGAUUUAAAGAUCAAUGGCGAAGAAGCAGACGAAUCGCUCCUCAUUCAAGUGUUAGAGUGCGGUUGGAUAAUUUUUUUAUUUUCCGUUCUUCUUGCUGCGCCAAUCGACUACCGAAGUAGUGUUGAUAAAGACCCGGGCAUCCUGUUGCUCAAUCAAAUGGCGACCGAGCUUAAUCCCGAGUCAACUGACCUUCCCAUUUUCACCACUGAUGAGGCUCUGCCUUCAUCACCGCUUGCAUCACAGUGUGCUAGCCCCCUUUCAGCGCCUUUAAAAUCUGCGCAUGCCAGCUCUCAUUUUGGGACGAAGCCUUCCAUCUUGCGAUUUGCCUCCAUCCUCGCUCGAGCUUUUGAACUUGUACCCAAGCUUUCAAUUGGUACUCUUUCCGUCGACGCGUAUUCACUCUUUAAUGCUAAAAAAAGAUCUUUUCUUACUGAACGCCUUUCGACCGGCGGUAUUGGAAGCACCCUUUUGGAUUUUCUUUCUCGGGCUCUGGAACGUGCCUCAUACACUCAAAAAGGAGAGUUUCAGGCUGUGGAACCUUAUUCGUUGGCUCAUGGGGCGGACGGGAUUCUGCUAGAGGCCAUGCUCUCGAUUACCAAAUUUCUUGAUCCAAAUCCAGAGAAGCCUGCGAAAACCGAUCAGAGUGAAGAAACCCAAACUAAGGUUUUGGCAAUCGAUGACGAGGAAUGGUCCACGGACGAAUAUCUCGACACUCAUGAUGAAUCGGAAAGAAACGACGACGAUGGCGAUGAUGACG